GAUUUGUCCCAGUGUGCCCCAGAAUAAGGAAGUAGAAUGAACUGCCUUCAGAGUCUAAUAAGAAUGUAAAGUACCAGUACGGUAAAGUGAAAGGAGCAGUGCAUCUUCUAAACAAUGUAUUGUAGUGGGUAUUGUGCUUGAGUUACACACUUGUAUCACCAUUUCAACUGACAAGGUCUGAACGCACUUCUGGGAAAUGGCUCACAAUUGCCUCAAGUGCUUGAAAUACACCAUGUGUGUGGUUAACUUCUUGUGCUUUAUCUGUGGAACUGCAGGGUUUGGUUUUGGAGUGUUCAUGAUGAUGAACUCUAAGGUGUCGUCUCUCAUCCCAUCCCUGUCCUCCCUGAACAUUGCCAACAUGCUCUUCAUCACCGGCAUCAUCAUGACCUGUGUGUCCUUCCUGGGGUUCCUGGGGGCCCUGAAAGAGAACCGCUGCCUCCUUGUCACUUUUUUCAUCCUGCUGUUCAUUCUGAUGUUGGUGGAGCUGACUGCAGCCUUUCUACUGCUUUUAUAUGAGAGCAAGAUUGACAGCUUCCUACAGAGGGAUCUCACAGACAGUCUGGAGAAGUCCAGGGAAUCAGCUCAAGGUGGGAAUUCAACAAUGAGCAAGGGCGACUGGGACAUCAUUCAGACCAUGUUCCAGUGCUGUGGGGUCCAUAACUCAAGUGACUGGAAGGAUAAAGUGCCUGCGUCCUGCUGCUCCAAGACCCAAUGCGACAUCAAUCAGCCGGGUUGUUACAAUAAAUUGAAGGCCUGGUUUGAGGGGAACUUCCUAGCCACUGGAGUUGCUGUGAUUGUGCUCUGCAUUAUUGAGGUCCUGGGCAUGUGUUUUUCCGUGACACUGUUCUGCCACAUAAGCCAGUCUGGACUCAGCUACAAAUGAUGAAAACAGUGUUUAUUUUUCUGUUUAUUUUUUUGUAAAAUAAUCCCCUCUCCCCUCUCAUGCUCUCUAUGAUGUUUCAUUUCAUUACAUGCUAAAAGGCAGGCACUUUUGACAUUUUAGUCAUUUAGCAGACACUUAUCCAGAGUGACUUACAGGAGCAAUUUGCUCAAGAGCACAUCGACAGAGUUUUCACCUAGUCAGUUUGUGGGUUCGAACCAGUGUCCUUUUUGUCUUCUUAACAGCUAGGCAACCUACCUGCACUUUUGAAUGCUUUAUAAUACUAUUGAUACUGUGACUGUACUGACACAUUUUGUAAACAACCCAAAUAAUUCAAUAAACAUUGAGCUGUUAUUUAAUUUUCACCCCACAA